UCUCCGUCGUUUUGGCGAUCCUUCUGUGAAUUUUCCCCGCGGCGAGGAGCCGCGAUAGGCUCCUAGGGUUUGGGGCGGCGCGGCGCGGCGCGGGGAAUCAUUCAGUGGCAUGCGCAUCCCCGAUUUGUGGCGGAAAAUUGCGUUCUUACUCGUUUCAGUCCGCUGCUAAUCAUGCGACUGUUGGCUCUCUGUUCGAUCCGUUCCCCCCUUUCGUGUGCUAGCGAAUUCCACCCCGUGUUGACUUCGUUCUGUUCACAUCAUGUUUGCUUAUGAUUGUCCCUAAGUGUUCAGAUGUUCAGAGCCUGCUAAUAUGCCGUGGUGCUAAUAGAAACUGCGGAGAGCCGCUAGAUUUGUAGUAACUGCUGUUGUGGUUAAUUAGCAGCUGCUAUUACUUGUGGACUGGUGUAGGAGGUUUGUGACGCACUCUCUCCUAGGCGAGGAUCGAUGUGCAAUUAUGGCGGCGGCGACGUCGAUGACUGGUAUGAUGAUUCUGAUACGGAUGACCACGUCGAAGACACGGGCGAUGACGGGCACCAUGAGCAAGGAGCAAGGAACUCCGAUUUAGACCUGGAUGAUGAAGAUCGGACCUUUUUGUUUCCAGAUACUUGGGGGGUAGCGCCCACUAGAAAAGAAAAAGACAUCCAAGGAAUACAAUGGGAGAGGCUGGCUAUCACACGUGAACGGUACAGAUAGACCAGAUUGCAGGAGUACAAAAACUAUGAGAACAUUCCUAAUUCUGGAGAAGAAGCAGCCGAGGAAUGCAAACAGACUGAGAAAGACGGAAUGUAUUACGAAUUCAGAAAAAAUACUAGAUCUGUAAAGUCAACUAUACUACAUUUCCAGCUGAGAAAUUUAGUAUGGGCGACAUCCAAGCAUGAUGUCUACCUGAUGUCACAUUACUCAGUCCUUCACUGGUCUGCAUUGAGUGGCGUGGAUACUGAACUUAUGAACGUCCAAGGUCAUGUGGCACCAAAGGAGAAGCACCCAGGAAGUCUAUUAGAGGGGUUUUCUCAGACCAAGGUUAGUACCAUGGCAGUCAAGGACAAUUUGCUGGUAGCUGGCGGAUUUCAAGGGGAGCUAAUCUGCAAGCACCUUGAUCGAGAAGGGAUAAGCUUUUGUUGUCGAACAUCACAUGAUGAUAAUGCUCUUACUAAUGCAAUUGAGAUAUUCAAUACUUCUAGUGGCGCUGUUCAUUUCAUGGCAUCGAGUAAUGACAACGGUGUAAGAGACUAUGACAUGGAGAGAUUCCAGUUGUGCAAUCACUUUCAGUUUGAUUGUCCAGUGAAUCAUACAUCGCUGAGUCCCGACAGAAAGCUUGUUCUCGCCGUGGGGGACCAUCCUGAUGCUUUACUUGUUGAUGCGAAUUCAGGAGAGACGCUUCAUGCCAUGAAAGGCCAUCACGACUACUCGUUCGCAUCGGCCUGGAGCCCUGAUGGACGAACGUUUGCUACCGGGAACCAAGACAAGACAUGCCGAGUCUGGGACGUGAGAAACCUGUCGAAAGCCAUCCAUGUACUGAAGGGCAACCUUGGGGCCAUUAGGUCGAUCCGCUUCACUUCUGACGGGCAGUUCCUGGCGAUGGCGGAACAUGCGGACUUCGUCCAGAUCUUCGACGCCCGGAGCGACUACACCAAAAGGCAAGAGCUGGACUUCUUUGGCGAGAUAUCUGGGAUCUCCUUCAGCCCGGAUAUGGACGCUCUUUUCGUCGGCGUGUGGGAUAGAACAUAUGGCAGCCUCCUCCAGUAUGGUCGUUUACAUAAUAACAACUAGUGCGUGUACCAUAUGGAGCUGUUCCCCCGCAUGUAUAUCCCAGAAGUCUUGAACAGAACUUGUCUGUGUGUGACUCAUUUCUCAGCUGUAUAUAAAUGAAUAUACAUGUGUGCUUCA